AGAAGUUUGACGAGGAUGUGGACAAGGUGCUGGAAGCAACAGCCAAAGGAGAUGUUGAGAGGAGGCUUCACACUAUGACGACCAUCAUAAUGAGUAUGGCUGCUGAGAGGUUUGGUGUUGAGGAGGAAAGGGUGGCGAAGCAGCCCUACUUCAAGAAUCAGAGGGCAGUUAAAAUCCACAACAUCAGGACAGAACUGAAAGCCUUGAAGAAACGGCACAAGGCAGCACGGGAAGAUGAGCGUGCACCUCUGGUAGAGCUCCAUCUCAUGCUCAGGAAGAGGCUCCUAAUCCUGUGCAGAGCAGAACAACACAGGAGACGGCGGAGGGAGAGGGCUAGGAAGCGGGCCACUUUCAUCAACAACCCUUUCGGCUUCAUGAAGGAGCUCCUUGGACAGAAACGAAGUGGACGCCAACACCUCCACGACACCUUCAGCGACCCCACCCGAGACCAAGAGCUAGGACAGUGCAAGGCUGUAAUAAGACCGCCAGAGCCUGCUGAGGCCUUCGAUCUGAGGGAGCCACUGCUGAAAGAAAUUCAGGAGGUGGUGCGGAGAGCAAGGUCCAGGUCAGCACCAGGACCAAGCGGAACGUCCUACAAGGUCUAUAAGCACUGUCCCAAGUUGCUGCACCGGCUUUGGAAGAUCUUGAGGCUCAUCUGGAGAAGAGGGAGAACAGCACAGCAGUGGCGGUUUGCAGAGGGAGUGUGGAUUCCUAAAGAGGAGGACUCCAAGACGAUCAGCCAGUUUAGAAUAAUCUCGCUGCUCAGUGUCGAAGGAAAGAUUUUCUUCAGUAUUGUAGCUAAGCGACUGACUGAGUUCUUCCUCAAGAAUGGAUAUAUCGACACCUCCGUGCAAAAGGGUGGCAUCUCUGGCGUACCAGGAUGCUUAGAGCACACUGGCGUGGUCACUCAGCUCCUCAGGGAGGCAAGGGAGAACAAAGGCGAUCUGGUGGUGUUGUGGUUAGAUCUGGCCAAUGCCUACGGCUCAAUGCCCCACAAGUUAGUCCUUGAAACACUGGAGAGGCACCAUGUUCCAGCUGCAGUAAGAGAGCUCAUCCUGGAUUACUACGGUGAUUUCAGCCUGAGGGUCUCAGCAGGAUCAAUAACAUCUAAGUGGCACAGACUGGAGGUGGGAAUCAUCACAGGCUGCACCAUCUCAGUGGUCCUGUUCGCUCUAGCGAUGAACAUGUUGGUGAAAUCAGCAGAACCAGAGUGCAGAGGCCCCAAGUCCAAAUCUGGGAUCCGCCAACCGCCUAUCCGUGCCUUCAUGGAUGACCUGACAGUGACCACCGAGUCAGUGCCUGGAGGCAGAUGGAUCUUGACGGGGCUGGAGAGGCUAAUGGGAUGGGCCAGAAUGUCAUUCAAGCCAACGAAGUCAAGAUCCUUGGUCUUGAAGAAGGGCAGAGUAGCAGACAAGUUCCGCUUCUCUAUCUCAGGAACACCAAUCCCCUCCAUCUCUGAGAAGCCGAUAAAGAGCUUGGGAAAGUUCUUCGACAGCAGCCUUAAGGAUUCAGCCUCCAUCAAGAACACCUGUGAGGAGCUGGAGGGAUGGCUGAAGGUUGUGGACAAGACAGGCCUCCCGGGGAAAUUCAAAGCAUGGAUUUACCAACACGGGAUUCUGCCAAGGAUACUGUGGCCAUUGCUCCUCUAUGAGUUUCCGAUCACUACCAUCUCAGAUCUGGAAAGGAGAGUCAGUCGCUACUUGAGGAGAUGGUUAGGACUGCCGAGGAGCUUGAGCAACAUCGCCCUCUAUGGAAACACCUGCAAACUGACACUUCCCUUGAAAUCCAUUGAGGAGGAGUUCAAGGUCUUGCGUGCAAGGGAGGUGCUGCAAUUCCGUGAGUCAGCGGAUCCAAAAGUAUCUGGGGCAGGAGUAGCAGUCAGGACUGGCAGGAAAUGGAGAGCAGAGGCUGCAGUGGAGCAGGCAGAGUCCCGGCUACGGCACAGAGUUCUGGUGGGAACAGUGGCCAGAGGAAGGAUGGGUCUAGGAACCGUAGCAUCCCCCCGUUUUGACAAGGUUCGGGGAAAAGAGCGGAGGCAACUAGUCCAGAAUGAGGUGAGAGCAGUGGUCGAGGAGGAGAGAUCCAGCAGAGCAGUGGGAAUGAGACAGCAAGGCGCCUGGACGAGAUGGGAGCAAGUUGCGGAGAGGAAGAUCUCGUGGACUGACCUUUGGCAGGCAGAGCCACACCGCAUCAAGUUCCUAGUCCAGGCCGUCUACGAUGUACUCCCCAGCCCUUCCAACUUGCACUGCUGGGGUUUGGUCGACACUCCAGCAUGCCCUCUGUGCCAAAGAAAGGGGACCCUCGAGCAUAUAUUGAGUUGCUGCCCAAAAGCUCUGGGGGAUGGCCGUUACCGAUGGCGUCACGAUCAGGUGCUCAAGACCAUCGCAGAGAGCAUCUAUAGUGGCAUCACCAGCUGUCGGAGGUCUAAACCCACAAAGAAAGCCAUAAACUUCGUCAGAGCUGGGGAGAAACUGAGUACAAGACCAAGAGCAACAUCAGGGCUUCUCAACACUGCACAGGACUGGCAGCUGUCAGUGGACUUGGGGAGCCAACUCAAGUUCCCCCAGCAUGUUGUUAAGACCACCCUCAGACCUGACAUCGUUUUGGUGUCAGAGGCAACGAAGAAUGUUGUCAUGCUGGAGCUCACUGUGCCGUGGGAAGAGCGUAUGGAGGAGGCCUUUGAGCGGAAGAGGGAGAAAUAUGACGGCCUAGUCAGCGACUGCCACAGACAAGGCUGGAAGGCUAGGUGUUUGCCUGUGGAGGUAGGGUGCAGAGGCUUUGCCGGACAGUCUCUGUGCAGGGCCUACACUGCAUUGGGCAUCACAGGAGAGAGAAGGAGAAGGGCCAUCCGGAACAACACAGAGGCAGCAGAGAAAGCCUCUAGGUGGCUCUGGAUAAAGAGAGCGGAUCCGUGGAUAAAUGCUGCUGGGGCACAAGCUGAGGCGUCAUGAACCUCAGCU